CAAGGACUGUCCUGUUUCUAUCUCAUUUUCAACAUCUUGACCUCUCGCGAUCUCUCUCCUGACAUGGCUCACACCGAAGACCCUACUCCUUCCAUCCCCACCGUUGACAUCGGUCCAUUUUUGGCCAAUGCCUCAGCCCAGGCUGUGGCAGAUGUCGUCGAAGCUAUGCGCCAUGCAUGCUCAACCUUCGGCUUUUUCUAUCUGACCGGUCACGGCGUCUCUGAGCAAGACCGUGACAGUGCUUUGGCCUGUGCCAAGUUGUUUUUUGCCCUGAGUCACGAAGAAAAGAUGCACGUCGCGAUCAGCGAAUGCAUGGGACGAUCCCUCCGCGGGUACGAGCCACCCGGGAUUCAAGUCCAUCAGGAAGGUCUCCUCCCAGAUANNUCAAAGAGGUACGUUCAUGAAUCGGUCUAUUCCACGGCUCUUGUUUAUACUCACUUUCUGGAGGCUUUCAUAAUUGGUGCAGAAAUACCAGCAGACGAUCCAGAAGCUGGUACAUUCUCAACAGGCCCCAACUUGUGGCCAAAAUCUCUGCCUGACGAUAAAUUCCGCGAACCAAUUAUGGACUACCAAAGUAAGAUGAUUGAGCUUGUCAAAGUCUUGUUGCAGAUUCUGUCACUUGGUCUUCCAAAAGAGUGGAACUGCUCGCCGGAUGCCCUGUGUUCACUUGCUUAUGGGAGACCUUCAAUCCCCAUGAGACUGAUCCACUACGCACCUCAGGAAGUGCUUGAUCAGCGACAAUUUGGAGAUUUCGGGGGCAUCGCUAUUUUGCUUCAAGAAGAGGGAACCGAAGGUCUAGAAGUCUGGUAUCCUCCAUCUCAGACUUGGAUCCCUGUCCCCGUCAAGCCAUAUUCGUAUGUCAUCAACAUGGGAGACAUGAUGCAAAAGUGGACAGGAGGUUACUAUCGUAGUGCAAGACAUCGAGUUCUCACUUCAGGCACGAAGCAUAGAUACAGUGUCCCUUUCUUUCUCAACGGUGAUCUCAAGUUGAACUGCAAAGCUUUGGAUGGAUCUGGGAUGGAGACCACAGUCGGUGAACACAUCAGGACCCGACUAAUGCAGACGAUGGGCGAGAAUGGCAAGAAACUUGGUUGA